CUGCAGCAGCUGGGAGAGAGCGCAAUACAGGACCGGCGGAGGAAGGGGGCGCUGCUGCUGUUGUUGCCGCUGCCAUCACACUGACCGAGAGCCCCGUCCUCACUAACCCCUGCAGCUGGGAUUGUGCACACAGCAGGCGCAAGCUCGGUGUCUCUUCCAUCAGUCCCCGGGAGGCAUGGCGCUGGAUUUCCUGGCUGGAUGCGCAGGAGGUGCGACUGCAGGUUCAGAGUGUGUCAAAACCCCUUUACCGUGGGACUAUUCAUUGCUUUCAGUCCAUCAUCAAGCAGGAGACGGCAUGGGGGCUGUACAAAGGAGUCGGGUCACCAAUGAUGGGACUGACCUUCAUCAAUGCUUUUGUGUUCGGGGUGCAGGGAAACACCAUACGAUACCUCGGCAGGGAUACCCCGUUAAACCAGUUUCUGGCCGGAUCAGCGGCUGGUGCCAUCCAGUGUGUAAUCUGCUGUCCGAUGGAGUUGGCAAAGACCAGGAUGCAGCUGCAAGGAACCGGAGAAUACAAAUCCCGCUCUAAAAACUAUAAGAAUUCUCUGGACUGUUUGGUAAAAAUCCACCGCAAGGAAGGGAUAAAGGGCAUCAACCGAGGCAUGGUCACUACAUUCCUUCGGGAGACGCCAAGUUUUGGGCUCUACUUCUUGACGUAUGAUUAUCUGACCAGGUACCUUAGCUGCGAAAUCAAUGAUGGCCUUAUUAUUCCCAAGCUGCUGUUUGCCGGAGGCAUGUCGGGCAUUGUAUCUUGGUUAUCAACCUACCCGAUCGACGUGAUCAAAUCGCGGCUACAGGCCGAUGGCGUCGGCGGUGUAAACCAGUACAACGGAAUUCUGGACUGCAUCAGAAAGAGUUAUGAAGUAGAAGGCUGGAGGGUAUUUACUAGAGGUCUGACCUCCACCUUGCUCAGAGCAUUUCCCGUCAACGCUGCUACCUUCGCUACCGUCACCAUGUUCCUCAUGUAUAUGCGAUCAGAAAACACGAUCAACGAAUGUGACGCCGGACCGGCAAUACAACAACCGACAAGCAUGUAAACUUUACUGCAGCAUGCCUGAACAGAUCCCGUCGUAGAGUUAUUUUUUUAUAUAUAUAUAUAAGCGAGUUGUAUAAAUAUACUGUACAUAAGUGAUAUGUAUAAUUGGUAUAUAUGCAUUUUAGACAGGCUUUCGUGUCUGCGGUGUAGAAUGUGGCCUUCUUUUGGAAUGUAGUCCCACAGCCAUCAAGAAUGUGCCGUCAUCGUUGUGGAAUCUACUUUUAGUGCAAGUAAAUCUCAUUUGAGAUUAUGGUAUUUGGGAAAACUGACAGCUAGUUUGUCAGAGUCCUGAAUCAUUGCUGGAACAUUGUAAUGUUACAAUAUAUGAUUGUAAGGGAAGUAUUGUUGCAGUGUGUUCUGACAAACUAUUGUUCAUGAGUAAUAUACGCGUGUCAGUAUGUAACAUAUAUAGGCUCCAGCUAGCCACACGCAUCAUACUUUCUGAAAUGUUAACAGACUGAUGCAAAAAAACAAAUAACAAAUACUUAUAUGAGACCCUAAUCACUCAAAGCUGGAUGUUUUCUUUUUUUCUUUUGUAGACCACAUUACUCAGAAGUUAUUUAUUAAACAAAAACACUUGAGUCAUGCAAUACCUACAGAUAUCCUGCAGGUGGCACUGUUGCAAAGAAAUGAAAUAUCCGAGUAAUGGCCCUCAUUCCGAGUCGUUCGCUCGGUAUUUUUCAUCGCAUCGCAGUGAAAUUCCGCUUAGUGCGCAUGCGCAAUAUUCGCACUGCGACUGCGCCAAGUAUCUUUGCUAUGAAGAUAGUAUUUUUACUCACGGCUUUUUCAUCGCUCCGGCGAACGUAAUGUGAUUGACAGGAAAUGGGUGUUACUGGGCGGAAACAGGCCGUUUUAUGGGCGUGUGGCUGAAAACGCUACCGUUUCCGGAAAAAAUGCAGGAGUGGCCGGAGAAACGGGGGAGUGGUUGGGCGAACGCUGGGUGUGUUUGUGACGUCAAACCAGGAACGACAAGCACUGAACUGAUCGCACAGGCAGAGUAAGUCUGGAGCUACUCUAAAACUGCUAAGUAGUUUGUGAUCGCAAUAUUGCGAAUACAUCGGUCGCAAUUUUAAGAUGCUAAGAUACACUCCCAGUAGGCGGCGGCUUAGCGUGUGUAACUCUGCUAAAUUCGCCUUGCGACCGAUCAACUCGGAAUGAGGGCCAAUAAGUCGACAUUUAUACAUUUUUGUUUUUGCUGCAAAACAUUGUUUCGUUGUUACAUUGCAAUUCAGACAAAGUUUUGUUUGUUUUUUACAUUUUUUUUUUCUGUAGUAAACUUCCAUUCCGCUUAAAUACCUGCACAGGUACAUGGUAUAGAUUUCAAAUUUGGCUGCUUUUAUUACAUACACUAUUGAAAGGCCUAUUUUGUGAGCUUAUGUGAAUAUGGCUUUAAGAUAAAGGCUUUUAAUGUCAAAUAUUUAUUUUUACAUAUGGUAUUUUUUUUCCAGCUGGUUACAAGUUAUUUACUGUGCACUUUCUAAAUGGCAUAACCUGGUCUUAUCUUGUUUAAUUGUAUAUUUAUGAAACGCUGGACAGAUCUUUAUAUUGCUGAAGCAGCAUAUGGACAUAGAAAUAUGGGCAUUCUCAUUAAUUUAAUAACCAGGGAUGGUUCGAUACAUGAGGGAUGUGGGGAUGACUUUUAUACCAGAAAUAAUGCAAGUUGUGAUCGGGGUAAUUUAAUGGUCUGCUAAGGCUGCUUACUAAGACUAUGGGGUAUCCGUAAUGAAGAGCUGGCUUUGCCACUGUAAAAAUAAUAAUAAUAAAAAUGCUUUUAAAUCCAGUGGCAAAAAAAGCACAAAAAAAAUCUGCAUUACGCUUACCCGUUUGCUAUUUUAAAAAGAAACCAUCACUUUAUUUUAUACACAGGCCGUUUCUAGGUAAAAAUGGAGUAUACGGCCUGCCAAACUUUUUUUUAAAGAUAAUUGGGUGAAUCUGUUUAUUUUUAAGACCGUUUACAGAAUAGUAAGUGACCACUGGCCAUAAGAUACUUCAGACUUGUAAUUUUAGAUCAAUACUGCUAGACUGUAAAGAGAAACAUGUGUAAAGGGCCCUACACACUGGCCGACCCGCCGCCGAGCUGCCCGACAGCGGAUACGGCCGACGAGCGACCCGGCAGCGGGGGGGCAGUGACGGGGGGAGUGAAGUUUCUUCACUCCCCCCGUCACCCGCCUGCAUUGAAGUGCAGGCAAAUAUGGACGAGAUCGUCCAUAUUGGCCUGCAUGUUCAGCUGACGGGGGACCAGCGAUGAACGAGCGCGGGGCUGCGCAUCGUUCAUCGCUGGAGUCUCCACACUGAAAGAUGUGAACGAGUUCUCGUUCAUUUAUGAACGAGAUCGUUCAUAUCUUUCAAAAAAUCGGCCAGUGUGUAGGGCCUAUAAGAUUGUGGCCAGAAGCAGAAUAUUUGCAUAAAAUUGUGGAGUAGGACUCAGUGUGACAAAGCUAGGCAGGGGAAAGACGCAGGGGUUGUAAUUUUAAUUUUUGUGCCCAACCCAGGGGGCAUAUAGUGCAGUACUGUGAAUGGGGAGCACUAUAUAAAUGAUUUAUAUUCCAUUUUAUAAUCUGAGAUCGGUUAUUCGUUUGUGAAAUCCAGACAUAAACAAAAAUACACUGUUUUGUUGUUUUGCAGGGAAAGGUGCAAUAGUUUUUGUUUUUUGGUUUCUCUCAAAGCAGAAAGCCAUUUUUAUUUUUCAUCAUGACAGUAUAACGUUCUGUUUUUGUUUCAUAAACUUUGAACUGCUGUUUUUUGCUCCAGCCUAUAACUGCCGCUGCUCAUAAUUAUGUUGGUGACUCUUCAGUGUGUUGGAACAUUUACCACCCCUGGAAAAAGAUUAUUGUAUGUUGAAAUAGAUAUGACAAAUAAAGGUCCAUUUUUUUUAUUUUCCAGAAAA